UUAUUUGGCUGCUCUGGGUGGAGAGGCGCUGGACUCCGGCUUCUCGCGGUGGGGAGCGCAUCCGUCAGCACUCGGCCGAGGGGCGGCGGCGAGUCCCCGCGCAAGCCCAGGGUGUCAGGCAGGGGCAGAAGAAACAAAGUUCCCGGGGCUUCUCUGAGGCCGCUGUCCGGGUUGCGUGUUCGGCCUCCCCCUCCUCGCCGAGGCAAUGGCUUCCAAACUCCUGCGCGCGGUCAUCCUUGGGCCGCCCGGUUCGGGCAAGGGCACCGUGUGCCAGAGGAUCGCCCAGAACUUUGGCCUUCAGCAUCUCUCCAGCGGCCACUUCUUGCGGGAGAACAUCAAGGCUAACACGGAAGUUGGUGGUAUGGCAAAGCAGUACAUCGAGAAAGGUCUUUUGGUCCCAGAUCACGUGAUCACACGCCUCAUGCUGUUGGAGCUGGAGAACAGGCGUGACCAGCACUGGCUGCUUGAUGGUUUUCCUAGAACGUUAGUUCAGGCUGAAGCCUUGGACAAAAUAUGUGAACUGGAUCUAGUGAUCACUUUGAACAUUCCCUUUGAAACGCUCAAAGAUCGUCUCAGCCGACGUUGGAUUCACCCUCCUAGUGGAAGGGUCUAUAACCCGGACUUCAAUCCACCUCAUGUACAUGGGGUUGAUGACAUCACUGGUGAACCAUUAGUCCAGCAGGAGGAUGACAGACCUGAAGCAGUUGCUGCCAGACUAAGACAGUACAAAGAGGUGGCGAAACCAGUCAUCGAACUAUACAAGAGCCGAGGAGUUCUCCACCAGUUUUCAGGAACCGAGACGAACAAAAUCUGGCCCUACGUUUACACGCUUUUCUCGAACAAGAUCACACCUAUUCAGUCCAAAGAAGCAUACUGAGCCCACCCAGUGGAUGAACCAGGAAGACAUGGUCAUUCAUCCAAUUGUGUGUGUCGUAGUGGUGCCGUGUCCCAAUUAGAAGCUAGCUGAGAUAGCUUGCAGCGUCUUUUCUAGUUUAAAUGGUGAACUGAUGUGAAAACUAAUGAAUAGAAAGAGUUAAUGAAGAGGCUCUUCUCUGCCUUUCUAAAAGAAGGGUCACCUACGCAUGUUUAAGAUGUCUCUGCACAUGUCUCAAGUCCUUCACAAGAAAGCAAGUACAGCCUGGAUUUCAAAUGGUGUACACCCAAAGUUCUAGCUGAUUUUUGACAGCCAUGUUGUUGUCAUAGUAGCCUUUUUACAAAUGAUGGUGGUGGUCCCUGGUUCUCCCCAGCCCCAAAGGCUGUUGAACCUUACACCUGGAGGCCCGAGAAUGGCUUUGUCCCAGGUUCUCUGCUGUGUGCCCUCCUGCUGACAAUGGGAUUGAAGCCAGUUGCUCUCAGUGGUUGCUUCUGUAGCCUUGAGUGACUGUCCACAAUUCAUUUUUUUUCUGUUAGGAGUGACACUUUUUUUUUGUACCCAUAGUCCCCAGAAUCUCUCGUUUCCAGACAUCCUGGAAUGAAAGGAUUUGGCUUCUACGACUUUCAUUAGACUGCAGUUUUUACACCUGCUUUCCCUUCCUAGACUCUUAAGCAAUACAGAUUGUUAUUGCUUUUUCCCUCUCAAAUUCCUAAGAGCCGAGCACGAGGGGACGGUGUUGAAUCUCUUCAUCCGCGAGGAUCUGAGCUAUGUGGAGGGUCUGCUUAAAUUGCUGGUCUGACUCCCAUGGGUUGACACCGCUUCUUUCUUUUAUUGUGGCAAAAUAAAACCCUCAGAGUCUAUGGGGAACUCUCAGAAACCGGGGAACAUUCACCUACAUAAAUGUUAAAAGACCAUAUCUUAUGUAUAGAGGUAAGUAAGACUGUAUGGAAUUACUGGACAAAAAGAAUAGUUUAGCUUUUUAUUCAAGACAAAAAAAUGUAUUUUGAAAAUGCUGCUAAAUAUUGAUGCUGACAGUGUUUCUCUCCUGUGAGUGACUCAAGCGUAUUAUAAAUAGUUGUUGGUAAAGGGAAUGGAGCCUGUGGGGUUGAGGGAAAUGUUGCACUAGCUGUGCCUAGACUGAUGAUGACAGCUUUACGAUGACGGGAAAACAAAAUCUUAAUUUUUUUAUUCUAUUCCAAAGAUGCUUUUUAGAGGGUGGCCAUUAAGUCUAGAAAUAUAGAUCAUACUGUUUUGUCAUUCAUUGGAAUGUAAUAUCAAUAAACCAUUUACAAAGGAUUUGCCUGGUUUCCAGACUUGGUGGCCAUCUUUUAUAAUUCUUGCUCUCCUUUGGGAAGGACAAUGAAGUAUAUUCCUGUUGCCUUAAAAAUAAAUAUUCCUCUUCAUGCAUCGCGAUUGUCCCCAGGAAGGGUUCUUUACUGUUCCUGGGAGUGACUUCUGUCGAGCUCUUCAUACUGGUGAGAAAAAAAAGAAGAGGCCUGUUUUCAGCACUUCAGUGGUGUUGAAACACAUUACUUGUUUUCUGGAGACGUCCCAGUGAGUCCCCAGUCAGUUCACUGACACUUGUGUUCUGCACGGUAGCGAGUGCAUCUUCCUUGCGAAUCCUGCCCCAGCUCUGGCUGGUUUGUCCCUUCAUGUGAAUGUUCUUUGGCUACCUUAGUGGAAACCUAGACCGGUUUCCUCCUUAUCCUCCAAAUAGCAGUGAAGUGAGAUGAUUUUACUUUUUAGGUUUAUGUAGUUAAAAUGCCCAGUUCAGGUAUGUGAAAUACAGUGCAUGGUAUUGACUUCUGAGUGCUUGCGGAGAGUCGUGCCUGAGUGCCCGUUGAUGGGGGUGGGGGAAAUCAGACAUGCAGAUACAGCUCAGGUUUCCUGGGCAACCAGGCAUAGAGAGAAACAAGUCUGAUAUGAGGAAAAUUGCACAAUUUAGAGUAGUCCUGCUGUGGAGAUAAUUUCCACAGACUAGGAAAUAUAGAAAGUUAAGGUUAUUAUAUGGAUCAUUCAGAAGAGGAAAGUGUGUGCUUUUUCGGAAGCAGAAAAAUCUUCAGACCUCUUCCUCCCCUCCUCUUGGUGUUUAGCAGAUGCACCAGCGUGGAAGAGGUAUGGGAAAUGGCCUAGGUGAUCCCUGACUCCAUACUCCACUCCUCCAUCCUUCCCUCCUUUCUCCCUUCCAGCGAAAUAGACACAAAAAUGGCCAGUGUCAGAGUCAUCCUGUGUCUCAGCAGUGUUGGCUGUUUCUGAGGUUGCCCUGCAGUGGAGGGCAAUCAGCUUUGCUAGGUGAGACCCAGAAAAGCCAGACAUUCUUUCUGUGGUCUUUGAAACAUAAUGCUCGUUUCAUGUUCAGUGGCCUAAAAUAUCUAUUUCUGGUUCUCUUCAACAAUCUAGCAUUUCCUUCGAUGAUUUUGUUAAAAUAAAAAGGACUUCAAAAUAUUUUGACAAAGAUAAAAUUAAAGGGACAUCUUUCUUUGCUUUUCCUUCUACCGCCACACACGAGGUUCCUUCACAGUUAGGCAAAGCAUGUAGUUUGGGUGGUUUCUAAGAUUCCUGCCUGUCCUCAUAUUCUGUGAGUCUGGCCAGCUCUGCAUUCAUUUCGCUUUCCGUUAUCGGACAGGCUUCCCACUUGAAAACGUCACUGUGCUAUUUCCCUCUCACACUGACGCAAACACAUACUAGGUACCAUUUACUGAAGGCCUGACCUACUGGGUGGUAUGUGCAGUUUCAGGACCUUUACAAACAUCUCAUUUCCUCUUUCCGUCCUUUGAGUUAGAGGCAUGAUCCCAUGUGUGCAGACAGAGGGCAAAGGUCAGGAGCGUGAAGCGUCUUGCUCUGGCUCCUGCUGCCGAUGCGCAGUGUAGACAGGCCUCAAACCCAGGCUUUCCCGACUCGGCUCCUGGACGUUAACUCGCUGUGUCCCGUCCCAAGCAACCCAGGCCUCUGAGGUUUUGCUUGUAUUUCCAAGUGGCCUCACAUCAGAAAUAGUGGAGUUCAUAACGGGGACUUUCAGCUUUGUCUGGGACUGUUCCUUUUUUUUUUUGUUUUUUUUCCCCUGGAAGCUGCUAGAGGAGAGUCUGAGCCCUCAUCCGUAAAUAAAAUGAAAGGCUGUCGAAGGGGGCUGGGCUCGGGUCCCGGCUAGAUCGCGGAGGGGGCAAGCCGUGGUCCUCAGCUACCCUUUCGGUGUCCAUGGUAUAGUGCCCCUGAAGGGACCUUUAUGCUUGGGCCGCCCCCAGCCAUGGUGCUCACACCCAGGCCUGGGCUCCUGCGAGCUGGCCAGACACUACUCACUUUGCCUCGCUGACGUCAGAACAAGUUGCUCCCGCCCCCAUGCAAGGCCCUGAUGGUAACUGAUCUUCUCUGAAGUGCUGGCAGGUGAACAGAUGAUGACUGAGCCCCUGACAUAGUAACCCUUGACUCUCGUACCAUCUUCCCUGUAUUCCGUUAUACAUGAGCAUGUGCCUGCAUGCCAGACCCAUGCCUCUGUGCCCACCUGCUGACAGGGUGGCACUGCUUGUCAGGCACAGCCCUGGCAGAAAUGGGAUACAGGCUUCCUGUCUUCCCUGUCUCCCCCAGGGUCACUCCCCGCGCGCUCCAGCAGCCAAGCUCACACGAGCCCCAGCUUCCCCCAGGUAUGCCCGUCUCUUUGGUAGGGAAGGGAAAAAGGUAAGAAUAGCCACGGGUGAGGGGUGGAUUCCUGAGAGAGAGAUGCUGCUGUGGCUUUUCCUGCCAUUUAUGAGGUUGUGGAUGGGAUAAUUUUAGAUAGAAAGAUGCCAUAAAACCCAUAAAUAGGGCUUUUAUAGAAUUUAGGUCACUGGAACCUGCAUUCAAUAUUUGGCUAUUUGUUUAAAGAAGUUUUACCAUCUGCUAGGGAUUGGGUUGGGGAGAGGUCUUUGAUUAAAUCAUAAAGACAGUAUUUCCAAAUAUGUUGAAGUAUCAGCAUUGUUGGUAGUUACGGCUCACUGGUACUCCAGGCUAAGUGCAUUACAUGCGUUGCCUAAUAAACCCUCCACAAUGACCCUACGUCCUAGAUAGUUUUAUCUCAAUUACCUUGCCUCCUUGUAUUUAAAAGCUGAAAUAAGCCUGUUUGUUUAACCUUUUCAUAUACCUAUAGGGGUUAAUCAGGAAAUUUAAAAGGGCCUUUUUGGGGUACAUUUGCCUAGUUUGAGCCCCCUGUUCUCAUUACUAGGUAACACAAUGUAUUUGCUCCCACCUGGAAUCCUUGCUUUCGGCACCCUGGUGCUGAGACAGGAGGUGGGCACUCAGCGGGUCCUGGCACAGUUGCACACUGUAUACACAGAGGGCGCACGUCUCAUCUGUCCUCUGCGGGGUCACAGGAUCUCGGGAGGCAUUCACAUCUACCUGAUGAACUUCAUUCAGUACCUUUCAUUUAAUAGACAGUAUCUUUUCUUGCUGCAGUAAUUUUGCCAGAACGGCACUUCGUAAGACAGAGUUAUGUUCGUAGUACGAAUUGCUUUCUGUCUAUUCCCCUCCGUUUGCAGUAACUCUCUUGUCUCUGGUGUCUCAAAAGAAGAACCUAGCAACAGAGACUUCCUUUAAUACGGGAAUGUGGUCUGGUCAUACGUUACCAUCUUUUUCCAUGUGUAACUGACCCAGUCUGGUUUCCAGGUGAGACAUAUACACAACCCAAUGUGGGGAAACCAUGAGCCCACAUUUCAACUAGGAAGAGGAGUCUGCUUCCUGCAUCUGUUGAGACAUAUUAUAAUUACAAUUGUUGGUAAAUGCCAUACUUUAUCUUUCUCUUAACAAAUUGCACAAUUCUUGCCAAAACAAAUGCCAUUAUCUGUAUGCUUCAGGGAAUUCCCUAAUUGGGGCAGUGUGUGUGUGUGUGUGUGAAAGAGAUGGGUUGAGAGGGAAAGAUGGGAAAACAUUUCCAAAAGGGUGAAAACUUUUGUAUGGCGUGAGUAUUCAUGCCUUCUUUGGCGAUAAUUAGGCUAUUCCAGGAAGCACAUCAUUAUUCUUGAAAUAGAAGAUUUCCUGUUUCAGACUUGUCAGAAGAGCAGUCUCAACUCCAUUUCAUAAAACCUUUCUUUUCUUCAUUUUAAAGCUUUGGAUACAAAGUCAGAAAUGUGCUUAGGUAAAAACAAACUGUUUUGUAUCUAGUUUAGAGAAGAAUAAAGGGAAGAAAAAUGAAAGCUCAGUCUUUGUGUGAGCUCUGAGGUGUCGGGGCUCAGAAGGCUUUUCUAGUUUUGUGAGAAUUUGUACUACUGAUUUUUAUAUAUUCUUGUUUUUGAGACGAACAGGUCUUGGGAAAUUGUUGAGUUGCAACGGCAUUUCACUGUGAUCUCUCACGAGCUCAAAUCAGCUCUCUAACCUAAUGAUAGUUUGUCCCUGGUUUACCGUCCUGUGAAAUGUCAGCUCCAUUUCCCCGGAAGUCGCGUGUUUACGAUAAGUCAGCGCUUUUCCUCAUGUGGAAGUUGUCGGCCCUCUUGAUUUUGGUGUUUGUGCUUAAUUCAAAGUAUCUAAACCUGUAGUCUGAUCUGUACAUGCUCCCUUAACUGUUAAUUAUGUUAUUGAUUAUUUUAUCUUGCUUGAAGAUUGAUUCAUACUUUUUAAUUUGAUAGUAAUAAAGAUUUUUUUCCCUGCUUGUAA